AUGAAUUCUAAAUCUAAUCUGAAGGUUUCCACCGGAAAACAGAGCAGAAUCGUUUGUAGUCGGUCGCCGGAAAAGCCACCGGCAGAACCCGAAAGAACACCUGAAAUCAAGUCUCAGGACUCUCAGCAAACCAAUAGUUCUGAAUCUGUAACCGAUACUAAACGAAGUCCAAACGAAAGCCAAAAAAUGGGAUCGAUCGAAGAAAUGAAACCGUUGCCGAUUGGGGGUUUUAAGGAUUGGUCGGAAUCCGGAAAACCGGUCGAAAAAACCGAUUUUGUCGAAAGUGGGAAGAGUAGCAUCUGCAGAGGAAGCACAAGCACAGAUUUGAGUGAUGAAAGUAGUUACAGCAGUUUAAGUAACAGCAUCAACAAACCCCAUAAAUCGAACGAUUCGAGAUGGGAAGCGAUCCAAGCCGUUCGAUUAAAAGACGGGGUUUUGGGUUUGAAUCAUUUCCGCUUGUUGAAACGAUUGGGUUGUGGCGAUAUCGGAAGUGUUUAUCUUUGCGAGCUUUCGGGUACAAAAUGUUAUUUUGCGAUGAAAGUGAUGGAUAAAGUGACACUCGAGGGUCGUAAUAAGUUGCUACGAGCUCAAACCGAACGGGAAAUACUUCAAUCGUUGGAUCAUCCGUUUCUUCCGAGUUUGUAUACGCAUUUCGAGACCGAAAAGUUCUCAUGUUUGGUCAUGGAGUUUUGCCCUGGGGGCGAUUUGCACAUGCUUCGACAACGACAACCGGCAAAACGGUUUUGCGAACAAGCUGUCAAGUUCUAUGCCGCAGAGAUACUUCUCGCAAUGGAAUACCUACAUAUGCUCGGAAUAGUCUAUCGUGACCUGAAGCCGGAAAAUGUUCUCGUUAGGGAAGACGGUCAUAUAAUGCUUACGGACUUCGAUCUUUCCCUUCGUUGUUCGGUCAGUCCAACGCUCGUUAACUCAUCAUCUUUAGAAAACGAACCCCUCCGAAAGAACUCGGCUUAUUGCGUUCAGCCGGCCUGCAUCGAACCACCUUCCUGUAUCCAACCAUCAUGUGUGGUUCCCACAUCUUGUUUCUCGCCAAGAUUCUUCUCGAGUCGGUCCAAGAAAGACAAGAAACCGAAAUCUGAGAUCGGAAACCAAGUCAGACCGUUGCCGGAACUUAUGGCUGAGCCGACCGGAGUCCGGUCAAUGUCGUUUGUUGGGACACACGAGUAUUUAGCGCCGGAGAUUAUUAAAAAUGAAGGGCAUGGCAGCGCAGUGGAUUGGUGGACUCUUGGGAUCUUCUUGUACGAGUUAUUUUUCGGUAAAACUCCGUUUAAAGGCUCGGGUAAUCGAGCGACUCUGAUGAACGUCGUUGGGCAGCCGUUGAGGUUUCCCGAGUCGCCGGUGGUGAGUUUUCCGGCGAGAGAUCUGAUCAGAGGGUUACUAGUGAAAGAACCACGUCAAAGAUUGGCGUACAAGAGAGGAGCGACGGAAAUCAAACAACAUCCCUUCUUCGAAGGCGUGAAUUGGGCGUUGAUCCGUUGCGCGAGCCCGCCGGAAAUCCCGAAGCCGGUGGUGUUUGAGCGGAUUGGUUCUCCGGUGCCGUCCCUUUGCGAGAAAAACGUCGUCGUUGCACCGGAGAAGAAGGGUUCGGAGAAUUAUCUUGAAUUUGAUUUAUUUUGAAAUUGUUUAAUUAUGAAAACAAUUUUCUUGAUUUCGAUUGAUGAUUUAUUUUGUCGAAAGGAUGAGAUUUGUACGAUAUUUUGUUUGAAAAACAUUUGAAAAUGUGAAUCCGUUUUUGUGUUGGUUAACGUUA